AUGCUCGCUAGGUCCACCGGCAUUGCAGUUGCUAACCUUGCCCGCACCGCUGCUGUGCCUACGGCUCGCCGUGCUAUUCCGGCCUUCGCUACUGCUGCCCGUAGCUAUGCUACGGCCAAGGCUGCUGCCUCGGAGGUCAGCUCGAUUCUCGAGCAGCGCAUCUCGGGUGCCACCUCGAACUUUGAUGUCGAGGAGACUGGCCGCGUGCUCGCCAUUGGUGACGGUAUUGCCCGUAUCUACGGUCUCCGUAACAUCAUGGCCGAAGAGAUGGUUGAGUUCUCCUCCGGUGUUCGUGGUAUGGCUCUUAACCUCGAGCCUGACAAUGUUGGUGUUACCGUGUUCGGUUCCGAUGCCCUGAUCAAGGAGGGUGACAUUGUCAAGCGCACUGGCCAGAUUGUCGAUGUGCCUGUCGGUCCUGAGCUGCUUGGUCGUGUCGUCGACGCCCUCGGUAACCCUAUUGACGGUAAGGGCCCCAUUAAGGCUUCGGAGCGUCGUCGUACCCAGGUUAAGGCGCCGGGUAUCUUGCCCCGCCGUGGUGUCCACGAGCCUAUGCAGACUGGUAUGAAGCCUAUCGAUGCCAUGGUGCCCAUUGGCCGUGGUCAGCGUGAGCUGAUCAUUGGUGACCGUCAGACCGGUAAGACGGCUGUCGCUCUUGACACCAUCCUCAACCAGCGCCGCUGGAAUGACAGCAACGAUGACAAGAAGAAGUUGCACUGCAUUUACGUCGCUGUUGGUCAGAAGCGUUCGACUGUUGCUCAGCUUGUUCAGACGCUCGAGCAAAACGAUGCCCUUAAGUACUCGGUCGUCGUUAGCGCUACCGCCUCGGAUGCUGCCCCUCUGCAGUACCUGGCUCCUUUCACGGGCUGCUCGAUUGGUGAGUGGUUCCGUGACAAUGGCAAGCACGCUCUUGUCGUCUACGAUGACCUGUCGAAGCAGGCUGUUGCCUACCGUCAGAUGUCGCUUCUUCUGCGUCGUCCUCCUGGUCGUGAGGCUUACCCCGGUGACGUUUUCUACCUGCACUCGCGUCUCCUUGAGCGCGCUGCUAAGAUGAGCGAUGCCAACGGCUCUGGCUCGCUCACUGCUCUCCCUAUUAUUGAGACCCAGGGUGGUGACGUGUCGGCCUUCAUUCCCACGAACGUGAUUUCGAUUACAGACGGUCAGAUCUUCCUUGAGUCUGAGCUCUUCUUCAAGGGUGUUCGUCCUGCUGUGAACGUUGGUCUGUCCGUGUCGCGUGUCGGUUCGGCUGCUCAGACCAAGAUCUACAAGGCUGUCGCUGGUUCGCUCAAGCUUUACCUUGCUCAGUACCGUGAGCUGGCUGCCUUCGCUCAGUUCGGUUCGGACCUUGAUGCCUCGACUCGUUACACCCUGAACCGUGGUGCUCGCCUGACUGAGCUGCUGAAGCAACGUCAGUACAACCCUCUCGCUGUUGAGAUCCAGGUGCCAAUUAUCUACGCUGGUAUCAAGGGUCUUCUUGAUGAGGUCCCUGUUGAGAAGAUUGUUGACUGGGAGGCUUCUUACCGCGAGGAGCUCGCCUCUCAGAACGACCUUCUUUCCGAGAUCAGCAAGGGUGUCAUGACGCCAGAGGUCGAGGAGAAGAUCGCUGCCUCGAUUAAGGCUAGCGUCUCGUCGUUCCUUGGCAACUAA